AUGAAUCUUGCUAAUUAUUCUUACUUCUCGGGCAUGUGUAACAUGACGGCAGAGUCUCAGCUCUCUCCGGCCGAGGCGGCCAGUCCUGUUGUCAUGUCUCCCAAUGUGAGUUUGGACUCUCCCUUACCUCCACCUCCGUUGAUGCUACAGCCCCGGACAAAAGACGGGGUUUUGAUCAAGUCCGAGCCUCGGGGAAGCAGUCCGAACACGGACAGGGAAGAGGGGGCCGCUCUGGGUCAAACGGAGGAGCACCUGCCGACGGGGAGCCGCCGGAGAAAGAGGCCUGUCCAGAGAGGGAAACCGCCGUACAGCUAUAUCGCUCUCAUUGCCAUGGCAAUUGCUAACUCGCCCGAAAGAAAGUUGACGCUCGGUGGUAUUUAUAAGUUCAUCAUGGAACGUUUUCCAUUUUACCGAGAAAAUUCCAAGAAAUGGCAAAAUUCGAUACGCCACAACCUUACACUAAAUGACUGUUUCGUCAAGAUUCCUAGGGAGCCCGGGAGGCCUGGUAAGGGCAACUAUUGGACACUGGACCCAGCUGCUGAAGACAUGUUCGAUAACGGCAGUUUCCUGCGCAGAAGAAAACGAUUCAAGCGCACUGAUGUGAGCACCUACCCCGGGUACAUGCAGAGCUCCAGUGCUUUUACCCCGACCCCAAUGGGCAGGCCUUCAUACCCCAACACGCUGUAUCCUGGAAUAGGAUCAAGCUACGGCUCCCAGCUUGCAGGGUCCCCUCACCCCGCCAUGCUGCAUCAUUACCAGACCUCAGCCGGGGUCGCGCAAGGACAGCCACGGAUGUUCAGCAUCGAUAACAUUAUCAGCCAGCAGUCGGUGAUGCAAGGCGGCCCUGGCGGCGAGCUCAAUCCGCAGGCUCUGGGGUUGGGGAGCGGAGACUUGGGAGCCAUGUCUGCAAGCUGCUCGGUCACCGGUACCGACCCAUCUGCUUGCUUCCAGACGCAAAUGAACCCCUCAGCAAAUGUACUGAGCAGGGGCAGUGGGUCUCUCCCCUCGAACCUCACCUCUGGAUAUCCGUACCCCUCCUCGGCCUCCCCUCCCCACCUCCCCUCUAUGGCGCAGUCCAGUUUUUCUCCAGGUAACUCUCAGGUGUACUGUGCAGGAAACCGGUUGCCUCUGCCGGCUGUGCGCUCGGGGUCUUGCGCCGAACAUUCGGACCAACUUCUGGGUCUGUCCAGUCCGAUGAACUCUUACAACAACUCAUACAUGAGACAAGCCAACUUUGCGUCAGGACUAGAGCGAUACAUGUGAAAACCAAACACGAAUAGUCUCAAAUCCAUCUGAAACCAGUUUCACUGUUUAAAAUGCAACUACAUUCCAUUAUCUCUGUGCUUUGGUUCGUUUUGUUUGGUCAGUUACAAGUUUUAGUUGUUUUAAUUCAGCCUAUUACCUGUGUUAAUUUUUGUUCCAGGAUUCCGUCACUAAAAACAACUUUAAUUUGUAGCCUGGCUAAUAGCAUACUGAACCUACAGCUUUCCAACACUAGGCCAACAGUACACUGUGCAAUGUAAAUAUUUUGUUUGUUGCUGUUGUUUUUGAAUUAAUUUUGCAUAGCCUACAUGCAUAAUUAAAUAUU